UCGCUGACUUCUUCAUUUCAUCAUUCACAUCUUCAAGCUGUAUUAGCCCUCAUGUCAGCACUCUUUGUGUGAAUAGGCAAUGCCUUCCCCUGUCCUGCAGCUCCCAGCAUCCUUCAGCUGUCUAUCUGGCCUUAACGCCUCCAUUAUUAACAUCCUCUGCUGCAUCUUCUUCUCACAAGUCCUAUAUUAGAAACACAUUUGACUGGCCUAGACUGAUCUUGCUCCAGCACUAAAAAUCUUUGUUUGUCCUCUCAUCUGAUUAUUUUGAUCUCAAACAUCUAAGACUUAAAUGUCCUUUCAAAAAAAGCCACUGUCUCUCAUUCAUUUUCUGAAUCUUUGAGCCUACAAGUCAAUCAUGUGGUCCACAUUCAUCGUUCAGGAUGAAGAGGUAAGGACGGUGAAUGCAUCUCCUGGAGUGCACCAACCUUCUGGUGGGCUGGAAGGGUUUUUGGGAUCACGGGGAGGACACAAACGCAGACACAGAACACACUCCAGUUCUGGAGAUGGCAUUAGCGAAAGCCAAGAGGGCAAAAUCAAGCUGACGUUAUUCAUGGCUGUAACCGGCAUCAUGCUUACUGUGCUCGGGAUGGGAACAGAGUUCUGGGUGGAGCUUAAACCAUCCAAGAGCUUCUACAACAAUCAGACGUGUCUAGUAGCACAUUAUGGCUUAUGGAAAUGCUGUACCAAGAUGAUCUGGGUGUCAGAUAUGGACCCAAAGCAGGAGAUCUGUGGGCAUUUGCACUUACAGGGAGAAUCCAAUUGCACCUUCUUUAAGUUCUACACCACUGGAGAGAACAUUGUCCUAUUUCAGAAAACGCCAGAAAAGGAUCUGAUAGUAGUGUCGGCCAUGUUUGCUAUCAUUAGUCUUUUCCUGAUGGUGAUGGGAUCUAUUUGCAUUAUCAUGGCAAUAAGCAAGGGUGUUCAAUUCUUCCUGAAGCCAGCCGCAGUUUGCUUCAUACUGUCAGGUGUCUUAAUAUUCCUCUGCCUCAUAGUUUUCCACCAAUCAGUGCUUUCAUUCUUAGCAAGUGACCAAUCCAUACCUCUUCACCAUGAAUUGUCAUGGUCAGUGACAUGUGUAGGCUGUGCCGGGGCUAUGGUGAUUGUUGCCGGGGCCUUGUUUUUAGUCCUUGUUCUUCCAUACAGUCCUUGGGAAAAGUGCUUGCCUAAGAAGAAGAGUGACAUCUAGUGGUGUGGGGGCUGAAGUGCAGGAACCAAGGCAACAUGAUACUGUGCAUAAAUUGGCACCAGAGAGGAUGCUG